AUGACUGGACCAAAGAAAAAGGGAAAGGACUCUGAUCCUUAUUCUGGAAGUUUUAAGGAUGAUAGUUCGCCAGAUUCACCAUUUAAUGAUAGGUUUGUGUUUGAACAGGGAAAUCAAUUUGCUUCGAACUUGGAUGGAACCAUUGAUAAUGAAGCAGAUGGUUCUAAAACUAAACUGAAAGGUAGACAAGGUUCUAUAUUGAAGAAUGGAUCAACGUCAUCGCCCUCAAAGAUUGGUAAGAAAAAGAACCAGCAGCUAACGUUUGGAGACACUGGGAAAACUUCUGAUUUGAAGAAUGAGGAAUUUGAAGAGAUCAGUUUUGAGACCACGGGAGCGGACGACCAAAGAUCAUAUGUAAAUACGCCAAUCAUCAAUCAAGGUAACUUUGCAGUUGACGAAGAAGAUGAAAGAGAAAAAGAUAGACAGUUAUCCAGUGCAGAAGAUUCCAAGCACGUGAAACGUAUGCGUUGGGGUACCAGAAGAGAUAAGAAAGGUAAGCCAGCGAUGGGCAGAGCUAAGACCCUUCGUUGGACCAAGAAAAAUUUUCAUAACCCAUUCGCUGAUGAUACGAACCUUGCAGCGGAGGGUCACAGCUCUGAUGACGAUAAUGACGAAAAUUACGAUAAAUCCCAUAGACAACGUGAAACAAGAACAAUUUACUAUAAUCUCCCUCUACCGGAAGAUAUUUUAGACGAAGAUGGUAACUCUACCAUAUACUACCCUCGUAAUAAGAUCAGAACCACUAAAUAUACACCGUUGACUUUUUUCCCAAAGAAUAUCGCAUUCCAAUUUAAAAAUGUCGCUAAUGUAUAUUUUCUUGUCUUGAUUAUCAUGGGUUUCUUCCAAAUUUUUGGUGUCGCAAAUCCAGGUUUGGCUACUGUGCCAUUGAUUGUUAUUGUGGUGCUCACUUCUUUCAAAGAUGCAAUUGAAGAUUCGCGUAGAACUAUAUUGGAUAUGGAAGUGAACAACGCUCCAACACACAUUUUGAAAGGUGUCGAAAACGUUAAUGUGUCCAACGAUAAAGUAUCUUUGUGGAGAAAGUUCAAGAAGGCAAAUACUAGGGUGCUGUUCCGUUUUAUUCAUCUCUGCCAGGAACUCUUUACCGAAGAGGGUAAAAAGCAGCGGGCUCAAAGGAAACGUCAUGAAAUGCAUAAUAAGAUCAGACAAACGCAGACUCCCAGAAAUUCGUUGGAUUCUGUCGGUUCCUAUAGAAACUCUAUGGAGUCUGAAUUCGGUGGAGAUUUGACGGAGCGUGGCAAAGAUGAUUUAUGUCUUCUUGACCCUUCAUUGCCUGUCUUACCAGAUUGUAAAUUUGCCAAAGAUUACUGGAAAAGUGUCAGUGUAGGAGAUAUCGUCAGAGUUCACAAUAAUGAUGAAAUUCCUGCUGAUAUUAUUUUACUUUCUUCAUCGGACUCUGAUGGUGCAUGUUACGUUGAGACCAAGAAUUUAGAUGGUGAAACGAAUUUAAAGGUUCGUCAAUCUUUAAAAUGUUCUCAUAUGAUCAGAAAUUCACGUAACAUAACUAGAACUAAAUUCAAGGUGGAAAGUGAGGGACCACAUAGUAACCUAUACUCGUAUCAAGGUAAUUUGAAAUGGGUUGAUAGAGAAACUGGUCUUGAGAAGAAUGAACCUGUUAACAUCAAUAAUCUAUUAUUACGUGGUUGUACGUUGAGGAAUACAAAAUGGGCUAUGGGUAUUGUAGUGUUCACUGGUCCUGAUACGAAGAUCAUGCUGAAUGCCGGUGUCACUCCAACUAAGGUUUCUAGAAUCUCUAGAGAAUUAAAUCUAUCUGUUUUCAUGAAUUUUGCCCUACUAUUUGUUUUGUGUUUUGCCGCAGGUAUUGUAAACGGUGUUUAUUAUCGAACGGAUAACACUUCUAGAAAUUACUUUGAAUUUGGUAGCAUUGCUGGCUCGGCGGCUGCAAAUGGUGUAGUUUCGUUCUGGGUUGCGCUUAUCUUGUAUCAAUCGGUUGUUCCUAUCUCUUUGUACAUUUCUAUUGAAAUUAUAAAGACCGCGCAAGCGCUAUUCAUUUAUGGUGAUGUCGCUUUGUAUAAUGAGCGUUUGGAUUAUCCAUGCACACCAAAAUCAUGGACUAUUUCAGAUGAUUUGGGUCAAAUUGAGUAUAUAUUUUCCGAUAAGACUGGUACCUUGACUCAAAACGUCAUGGAGUUUAAGAAAUGUACGAUUAAUGGUGUUUCAUAUGGUAGAGCUUAUACAGAAGCUUUGGCUGGUCUUCGUAAAAGACAAGGUAUUGAUGUUGAAGAAGAGGGUGCCCUAGAAAAGGAAGGAAUUGCUCAAGAUAAAGAAAUUAUGUUAGCAAAUUUGAAAAUCUUAGGAGAGAACUCUCAGUUACGCCCAGAAAAUGUGACAUUUGUCAGUAAAGAGUUCGUACAAGAUACCGCUGGUGCUAAUGGAGAAACGCAAAAGAAAUGCAAUGAAAAUUUCAUGUUAGCACUAGCACUUUGUCACACUGUUCUUGUGGAAGAAAACAAAGAUGAUCCAGAAAUUAUGGAUUUCAAGGCUCAAUCUCCAGACGAAGCAGCUCUUGUUGGUACUGCAAGAGACAUGGGUUUCAGCUUUGUUGGUAGAACCAAAAACGGGGUAAUUGUCGAUAUUCAGGGAGUUCAGAAGGAAUACAGAUUACUCAAUGUGUUGGAAUUCAACUCUACUAGAAAGAGAAUGUCAUGCAUUCUAAAAAUUCCAUCUGAAAAUCCAAACGAAGAACCAAGAGCUUUGCUAAUCUGUAAAGGUGCAGACUCGAUCAUCUAUUCCAGACUAAGUAAGAACAAUGAUGAAAAGCUACUAGAAAAGACGGCCUUGCAUUUGGAACAAUAUGCCACAGAAGGUUUAAGAACUCUAUGUAUUGCCCAAAGAGAAUUGUCAUGGAAAGAAUACCAAGAAUGGAACGAAAAACAUGAGAUUGCAGCUGCUGCCCUUGUUGAUCGUGAAGAUGAAAUGGAAAAGGUCGCUGAUGUAAUCGAACGUGAGUUAACUUUGCUAGGUGGUACUGCUAUUGAAGAUCGUUUACAAGAUGGUGUACCAGAUUCCAUUGCCACCUUAGGAGAAGCUGGUAUCAAGUUGUGGGUGUUGACCGGUGAUAAAGUUGAAACUGCUAUCAACAUCGGUUUCUCCUGCAAUCUAUUGAAUAAUGAGAUGGAACUUUUGGUUAUCAAAGCGUCUGGUGAUGACGUGGACAUUUACGGAAGCAAGCCUGCGGAAAUUGUUAAAAACUUAAUUUUGAAAUAUUUGCAGGAGAAGUUCCAGAUGUCAGGCUCCUAUGAGGAACUAGAAGAAGCCAAAAAAGUUCAUGAACCACCGACAGGUAACUUUGGUGUUAUCAUUGAUGGUGACGCUUUGAAGUUAGCUUUGCGUAAUGACGACGUUAAAAGAGAGUUUUUGUUGCUUUGUAAACGUUGUAAAGCGGUUCUCUGUUGCAGAGUUUCUCCAGCUCAAAAGGCUGCAGUGGUUAAACUAGUGAAAAACACCUUAGAUGUCAUGACUCUAGCAAUUGGUGAUGGUUCUAACGAUGUUGCAAUGAUUCAAUCUGCUGAUAUUGGUGUUGGUAUUGCCGGUGAAGAAGGUAGACAAGCUGUCAUGUCGUCGGAUUAUGCUAUCGGUCAAUUCAGAUACCUAACAAGAUUAGUCUUAGUUCAUGGUAGAUGGUCUUACAAGAGAAUGGCGGAGAUGAUUCCAUUAUUUUUCUACAAGAACGUUAUCUUCACGCUUUCAUUGUUUUGGUAUGGUGUUUACAACAACUACGAUGGUUCUUAUUUGUUCGAAUACACAUAUUUGACUUUAUUCAAUUUGGCCUUUACUUCAUUACCAGUGAUCUUCUUAGGUAUCUUGGACCAAGAUGUUAAUGAUAUUGUUUCGAUGGUGGUUCCACAGUUGUAUCGUGUUGGUAUUUUGAGAUCUGAAUGGAAUCAAACCAAGUUCUGGCUUUACAUGUUCGAUGCUAUGUACCAAUCGGUUAUAUGUUUCUUUUUACCAUAUUUGUGUUAUUACAAGACUGGUAUAGUUACUCAGAAUGGGUUCGGUCUUGAUCAUAGAUAUUGGGUUGGUGUUUUUGUUGCCACUAUUGCAGUUGUCUCUUGUAACACAUACGUUUUGUUGCAUCAAUACCGUUGGGAUUGGUUCUCUUCUUUGUUCAUUGCCUUGUCUUGUUUGUGUAUAUUUGCAUGGACAGGGAUUUGGUCAAGUUUCACUUCAUCAGGAGAGUUUUACAAGAGUGCCGCACAUAUCUACGGGCAACCGGUCUUUUGGGCUAUCAUGUUUGCUGGUAUAUUGUUCUGUUUGCUACCAAGAUUUGCUGCUGAUACUUUCUUAAGGACCUACAUGCCAAAGGAUAUCGAUAUUAUCCGUGAAUGUUGGAAACGAGGUGAUUUCGAUCAUUAUCCAGAAGGGUACGAUCCAACCGAUCCAGAUAGACCAAAGGUGAAGAAUGCCUUUGUUUACAAUAAAGACAUAGAAAUGGCUCAAUCUUCUACAGACAGUAUACAGACAGAAGAGAUCCCAAUGGAUGAAUUGUUCAACAGUUCUGCCACGUCACCUCGAAGCUACCCACAUAACCGUCAUCAAAGGUCAUCAGGACGUCCAUCUCUAGAGAUAACAAGAGCAGAGAUGAGAAAUUCAAACCAAUUAGACAACAGAUACUCCGUCGAACGUGCGCGUGUAUCCUUGGAGUUGCCGGGUGUCACUAGAGCCGCGACACUAUUAAGCAGUCAUGACUAA